CUUUUCUUUACAGAUCCAAAGAUCUCUCCCUCUAUAAUCUAUAUAUACUGCCAAUCUUUCUCUGUCUUCGUAUAUACGUUAAAUUUUAAGAUCAGAUCUUUCCUUAAGAUUCUAUCAAUUGUUUGCCACCAUGAUUUAGGGUUCAUACUCAUCCAUUUCAAUUGGGUUUCUGUUUUUUAACCCGAAUCGCAGGGAAAAAAUGCUUAAUCCCGAUAUUAUUUUUCUUUCAAGUUGGAUUGUUAGUAAGUUGGUGAUUUGGUGGAAGUGAAGCCUACCCAUGUUAAUGCUUUGCAAGUGUUCGACAAAAUUACGCAGUGGGUUAGAUUGAUAUACUUUCGUUUUUGCUGUAAAGGAGAGAAAUGGCAACACCAGUUGAACCACCAAAUGGCAUUAAAUCAGAAGGGAAGCAUUACUUUUCUAUGUGGCAAGCACUGUUUGAAAUCGAUACCAAAUAUGUUCCCAUCAAACCUAUUGGUCGAGGUGCAUAUGGUAUCGUUUGUUCUUCUGUUAAUCGUGAAACAAAUGAAAAGGUUGCGAUAAAGAAGAUACAUAAUGCGUUUGAUAACCGUAUUGACGCCCUGAGGACUUUACGUGAACUUAAGCUUCUUCGCCAUCUUAGACAUGAAAAUGUUAUUGCUUUAAAAGAUGUGAUGGUCCCGAUCCACAGGAGAAGUUUCAAGGAUGUCUAUUUGGUUUACGAGCUUAUGGAUACGGAUUUGCAUCAGAUUAUUAAGUCAUCUCAGGCACUUACGAAUGACCAUAGCCAAUAUUUCCUCUUUCAGUUGUUGCGAGGCUUGAAGUAUCUCCACUCUGCAAACAUUCUUCACCGUGAUUUGAAGCCUGGAAACCUACUCAUCAACGCAAAUUGUGACCUGAAAAUAUGUGAUUUCGGGCUUGCACGUACAAGAAGCGGUAAAGAUCAGUUCAUGACAGAAUACGUGGUUACUCGCUGGUACCGAGCCCCUGAGCUGCUUCUCUGCUGCGACAACUAUGGCACCUCGAUUGACGUUUGGUCUGUUGGGUGCAUCUUUGCUGAACUUCUUGGGAGAAAACCCCUGUUUCCGGGGACAGAAUGCCUCAACCAACUGAAAUUAAUCAUCAAUAUUCUUGGCAGCCAAAGAGAAGAUGUGAUCCGCCCAUUAACGUUCCAUUGGAUAUGGAUAUAGAUGAGGAUUUAGGAGAAGAUAUGAUAAGAGAAAUGAUGUGGAAGGAGAUGCUUCAUUAUCAUCCUGAAGUUGCUGCUACUGCAAAUGCAUAAUAGGUAAAAUUUCUCACUACCAUUGGAAUUUUCGUUUAUUUUCCAUUUUCUCUCAUUCUGGUCUUCGAUCCUUAUCAUCUUUCAGUCUAAAUAAGCAUCGGGCAUCAUGCAUUGGUAGCUUUGUCCCAUCGAAUGUAUCAUGCUUCAAAAACAAUUGGCUUCCACGAGCUUGUUUUCAGCUUUACGCUCUUCUGUAUAUAUAUGCAUCUCGUUGUUUUACUUCAUUGUCAACAAAAGAGGCGAAAAACGACAGCCCUCUUGGAUUUUUGUCAUUGUUGUACAUUAAUUAUGGAUACAUGAGAUGAUUAAAAUGCUUUCUUUCCUGCACACUUGAACUGAACUUUGUAUGCU